CGACAUUAUCUGAAUGCUCAGAAUUGUUCAGCAGCCAUGUCGAGACGAGCAGAAGGCCAGCUCUUUGUGGGUCGUCUCAGCAAGAGCACUCGAGUACGAGAUCUCGAGGACUUGUUUGAGCCUUAUGGCAGAUUGUUAAGAUGUGAUGUGAAAUAUGGUGCUGAAAUGGCUUAUGCUUUUAUUGAUUUUGAAGACCGUCGAGAUGGAGAGGAUGCUGUCAAGUAUGAGAAUGGGCGUGAACUGUGUGGCUCAAGCAUUAUAGUGGAGUGGGCUAAAGGCAACCCAAGGCGACCUUUGGUAAGACAGCCAUUCAACCGGGAGGUAGAGAAGCCGGUCCGUAGGGCGGAUAAUGGAUAUGAUGAGUGCUACCGCUGCCACCGUCCAGGACACUGGGCCCGAGAUUGUCCUGAUGACCGGUCCUUCGGACCACGGAGGGUCGACCAGGAGGUCAAGGUAACUCCAGACAGCAGUCGAUACAGGUCACCAUCACCAAGGAGGAGAAGGGGGAGCUACCGAUCCAGAUCUAGAUCCCGAUCUCGAAGAAGUCGGAGUCGAGACAGGAGGAAGAGGAGUCGAAGUCGCGAGCGGCCGCGUGACAGGCAUGAGUAGCGAAGUAGCCACAGCAGCAGAAGCAGAAGUCGUAGCAGGGACAAGAGGAGAGCAUCACGGAGUCGUUCUCGAAGCAGGUGA